GCAAUGCCCUAAUCAUAACUGUUUGUCCAAGCCAUCGUUCUCAACCAAAUCAAAACGGGAUAUCAUUAAGAUGACCUCUCCAACGGUACCACCGGACAAGCAACUCAUUUAUAUUACUCCAUCUGAGUUAUCGAAGUUACCUACAAGUACGCCAGUCUAUGUUUUGAAGCCAGAAGAUACGUCUGGUUCUGUUGCCGGUACUACUGGUGUGACGUCAGUCGUCGGGUCUCACUUUCAAAACACGAAUCCAGUGUGUACUUCAGCAAACAACAGUAUUUACCAUCCACCCGUUCCGACAGCCAGCACCCUACCGACGGCCUAUUCCAGUUUUUCCAAUGUUCCAACGAUUCUUCCAAAUGGAGCUCCGUUUAGUGGAUUUAACUAUUAUCCUCCGGGUCUAGGUGUCGCUCCCUGUCAAAUGCAAUUCCCGUACUUCUCACCAUACUCACAGACCGGCCAGUUUAUGCCAUGUUGGUAUCAGCCACAAUUGCCUAAUGCUAGUUCAACUCGACCAAUUCUCCCUGGGCUCGUACUGCCGACACUGAUCACAUCCGUUCCACCACCCCCUUUGCCCCCGAAAACGAUACCACAGUUCAUUCCGUCACAACCACCUCCGACCAUAUUACCGGUUGCAUUGUCUGGUUGUCCGUCCGAAAAUACUCGUUCUAGUUUACCGGGUUCACUCAGCACUACUGCGCUGUAUCGCAAAUCCAGUUCAAGGCGUCUUAAAACGGAACCUUCGAAAUCUGCGGACUCCCCUAUUUCUCAUAGCAAACCGACAGAGCCGGUUCGUUACUCGAAAUUGGUUUGUGCCCCGGCGUCGGAAUAUUUUCGUUAUGAUGAAAAGUUGAUCUUUGCUAAGUAUUGUGUCAUAGCUCACCUUUCAUGCCCUCACUACAUACAGACAGGCUGUUAUCACGCAACUGACUUGCUGGUGGAUCUGGAAAACCGAUUUUUCGAAGAGGUUGUUUCACGCCGAGCCCGAGCAACCGCGGGUCAGGAGGAACGUAAACCUUUGGUUCGCCACAUUUCACACAAAUCUGGUGGAGGCUGGUGUUCUGCUACCAGUUCGAGAAUUUCUAAGGGACAAGCAGACCUUCCAUUUGGAAUGGCAAGCAACACUGACCGUUUGGAGCAGAAUGACGAGUGGUCUGUUUCUUCAGACACCCUCGAUGAGCUUUCGUGUGAUAGUGAAUUCGUUCCAGACGAUGGAUCACCACUCCCAGCCAAACGACCCCGAUUGUUCGGGAACAGUACUGAACUUACGGACGGGACGUCUGUUGAUUGUGCUCGUCGGUUGAAUGUAAAACAAAAGACUUGCAAAAAUCCUCGGCCAGAAGACGGACAGACCGGAGACAUGUCUGGAGGAAUGGGCAAACGGGCGCAGCGUUCAUCCAAGCAGAUCGCUGGUGAUCAUCCCAUUGGACAACGGUCGAUUCGACAACAACGAGAGGUAGCUUACAAACUCUCACAUCCCAGUCGGCUUCAUCCAGAUAUUUGGCACAACGAAGCUCAAGAGUUUAAUGACGGCCCAGCUUGCUCUUGCCAGCCCAAGUACCGUAUCGGCCCGUUACACAAUCAAUACGAGGGCGAGGAGAGGCUACCUGAAUGUGCACAAGAGUCGAAUAACCGUGACCGUCUCUAUCACUACCGUGUGCUUAUCAUUCCAACCACUAACUUUGUGCAAGCUUGUCCGACAACCAUACCUUUCAAUGGAAACGAUUACGUAUUUGAAGGCUUCUCACUUUUUCUCCAUUACAAAUUAGAUUCGCCUCCUCCGUGCCAACUUUUACGCUUCAACCUACUUUAUGACAUAUUCCCCAUCGAAGAAGACUUCCCAGAGCUUUUCACUGUGCGUGCUCUGGACUUGAUCACGCAGUACGUUUUUGUUGAAUUACUGGAAUUACUGGAUCUCUCCUGGAGACCACUGGGCAUCACGGAUGGAUGUCCUGUCGUUCACCUCAUGCCUAGGUUUAUCCGCGUUGUGGAGCCGUCGCCCGACCUCGGUGACCCACAGUCUUCCUCUAAAGAGCCGUCCUGUGUCGGUGAAAUUCUUCCAAUCAACGUAGUUCUCCAGUACUUGUUACAAGAAGCACUCACUCCUCUCGUUGAUAUGAUGGAAUUAGCAGUAAUUCGACGUUAUUCGUCUACUGAAUGGUCGAACUAUAUUGCACCUCUCCGAGGUACAUUAACCACGUUUCCUGGGAAGAAACCUCCAGCAAUCCGAGUGGAUCAGAUGGACCGUCGCUCACUGGCUGGUGAGCCGUCUGAUGGCGUACUCAUCUACCCUUUAAUUGUUCACAUGACCUUCACACCAAUGAAGCUCAGUUUGACUCGAGAGCCCAGAUACAAAUGCGUUUUGAAGAACUUCAUGAAGUUACAGUACUUGAUGAUGAAUAAGCCACGUAUCACUCCGGAUGAUCGAUCGGAGCUUGCACAUUUGGCCAGCGAGCUGGAAGCCAUGGAACAUUCCGGUGUACAUCGUCGAGAAAUUACCGUGGAAUUGAGUUCCGAGGGAUUUUAUCGAACAGGUCUUCGACCGGAUGUUUCCCAACACGCCAUCAACUUAGUUUCUCUCAUUUCGCAUCUGCGGUUCCAUAAGUCCCUGGAGAGCUUGGAGGCUCGACUUGGUUAUACGUUCAAAAAUAAAUCGUUAUUGCAUCUUCACCUGGUCCUCAAGGUUCCUGAACUCCCCGAGGGAAAUUUGGAUGCCUAUCGACAGGCAAUAGUACAAAAUCAACACUUGGCCGAGUUGGCUGUGCGAUUGGGCAUCCACAAAUUCCUACUCUACACUCACAGUGUCGACUUCUGCUAUGAUUCCACCUUUAUAUAUGCUCGGUCUGAUGCUUUUGAGGCACUCAUGGCUGCCAUUGCCUUGGAUGCUGGACUGGACGAAGUCGACCGCAUUUUCGGUGCAGUUCUUUUCGGCGACGAACCUAGAAUACAUCGUGUGUGGGUAAAGAUCCCACCACACCCUUUGCAAUCUCAGUGUCCUGAUGGUGACCGUUCGUGGGCAGUAAACGUGCCUAUGCUCAAGAAACUGCCGAUACUGGAAGAAAAUUUGGGCAUUAGCUUCAAACAUCUACGCGUCCUGGCUCGUGCGAUGACGAUUCGGAAAACGGGCUUCAAUUUUUACACAUUGUAUGUACUUUUGGAGACUAUUCUCACCGCUUCUGGCACUUGUGGUGACAAUCAGCGUUUGGAAUUCCUCGGUGAUUCCCUGCUAAAGUACGUUUCAACCGACUAUCUGUUUCGCCACUUUCCUCGCCACCAUGAGGGACACUUAUCGUUGUUGAAAAAUUCGUUGGUCAAUAAAUACACGCAAGCAGCGGUUUGUUCGGAGCUCGGACUGGACCAAUUUGUUAUCCGUCGCGAAGAUAACAGUACCACCAAAACGGACUGUGAAGGGGGUGAGAAGGGUGGCAAACGCAGCCAACAAACUCAGCCACUCAGCUCGACUGCCUUGUCCAAAUCCAGUCAGGCAGCAAUCGCCGCACAGAACCAAAAUGUAAAGUACCGAGCAGACUUGUUGGAGGUAUGGAAUUCCCUCACAUUUUAUCUCAUUCACUCUUUUUUAAGUGGUGACAAUCAGCGUUUGGAAUUCCUCGGUGAUUCCCUGCUAAAGUACGUUUCAACCGACUAUCUGUUUCGCCACUUUCCUCGCCACCAUGAGGGACACUUAUCGUUGUUGAAAAAUUCGUUGGUCAAUAAAUACACGCAAGCAGCGGUUUGUUCGGAGCUCGGACUGGACCAAUUUGUUAUCCGUCGCGAAGAUAACAGUACCACCAAAACGGACUGUGAAGGGGGUGAGAAGGGUGGCAAACGCAGCCAACAAACUCAGCCACUCAGCUCGACUGCCUUGUCCAAAUCCAGUCAGGCAGCAAUCGCCGCACAGAACCAAAAUGUAAAGUACCGAGCAGACUUGUUGGAGGCAUUUAUCGGCGCUCUGUUUGUCGACAAAGAUCUGACAUGGGUCGAACGGUUUUGCCAAGUGUGUUUCUGGCCACGGCUGGUUGAAUUUAUCCUGAAACAGGAAUGGAAUGAUGCCAAAUCAAAGCUACAGCAGUGCUGUUUGACUUUCCGUUCCCUACAUGAGGAUCCAGAGAUCGCGCACUACAAGGUGCUAGAGCACAAUGGACCUACGAAUCAGCGUACGUAUUUGGUCGGUGUUUAUUUCCGUGGGCAGCGACUGGCUACCGGGUCUGGACGUUCGGUGCAACAAGCUCAAAUGGAGGCAGCAAAACAGGCGCUCGAACUCCACCAAGACACAUUCCGACAGUUAGAUUUCCAAAGGUCCGUUAUAUCCAAACGGUACAAACAACCAUAUAUUGAGAAAAUGCUGGAUCACGUGCAGAACUGGGAUGAACGCCUAGUGGAUUACUUUGUGGCAGCCGGUAAUUCCAAUUCGGAAAUGGCUAGCACGAAGGACAGUUCGCUAGAAUCAGAUACUAUCAGAUGUGACGCUGAUAGCUGUUUAAGAUACCCCGCAUCUCCAAAUUUAGCGGAUUAUCUCGAACACAAAGAAAAGCCGCCACCGAGUGAAAAAACUUGCCCCAAAGACUCAGACCAUGGCCAAAUGAAGUCCCCCGUGGAAGAAAUCUCAACGGCAACCAGGAAGGAUCACACCUCGACAGAGGAUGUCAGUCGCCGAUUGAUCACUGCCGAUGCAACCUCGGAAGAUGAUGGAGAAGAAGGGGAAAUUAAAGACGACAUCAAUGAUUUCGAUUCCUGUCCCAGCUCGAAUAGCGAACAAAAUGACAUGGACUUUGAUUCCGACGAUGACCAUCAUUCCAAUGGGAGACGAACGACUCUCCCGAGUGGAACACUAGCCGAUCUGCUAAGGUUUAGAAAGUCUACCUAGAUUUCCAGCUACCCGUCAAACGGAUUUACGUGCACUGACUCCAUUCCAAGCACCCUCACUUUAUCAAUCUUUAGUGGCCAAGGCAUUUACUGUUACCCAGAUUUUUCACACUGUGCUACUGAUUAUUUUUCCCUGUCCAAUCGAACUAACGACUAUGGUUGAGAAUACGCCCUUUACAAGCCUAUUCAAUCAUGUCCCCGUGUCCCAAA